UGUCGCUCUGUAAGGAAUCGGCACCGUGCUCAAAGUUUAAGCGCAGCGAGAUCGUGAAUACGGGCUAAUGCGCAAGAUACGCAGGAAUCUGUCGUAAAAUACGUCCUGGGCUCUGUGCUCCAGCGUGAAAGUAGAGAAUACGAGUCCGAGCGUCUCAGCUGAUCGCAUUGGAUAUUUUCUCCACCGCAACCGAGCUAAUGUUAGCUGCCCUGAGCGGAACCCUGGCACAGAUCGGGGGAAUCCAACGGACUUCCGACCGUGGCGACGCUAUCAUGCAGCUCAAAAAUGUACCUGAAUAAACGGAUGACAACACUGCGAGCAUCUGAAGGAAAACUUUCGAGUUCGGUGGGCUUGCAGUAACGGCUCGUGCGGCUAACAGGGUCCCGAAGGCCGGCGCGAACCGAUGCGAGCUGCGGCUGGCAUGACUCGCAUGUCGCUGGUGCUGUCACGCAUGCGGCCGAACUGCAUCGAUUGAAAGCCGUUCUGACUGCGUCGAUCGGGGGUCUGGCUGUCUUUACGCUCGGGUUAACGGACAAAUAUUAUCCGGGGUGCAGUGACUCGUUCAUGAGGUGUGUAUGGGUCCUGCGUACUCAAAUUGCACACACCUUUAGCGGGAGACCGGAAUCUGUGCUGCGCUUUAGGGUGUAGUGCGCUGGUCCAUAUAUAUUUGCCCAGAUUGACUGUCACACUCUUUACAUGUAUGUAUGGAUGGAUUUGCGCAUGCUUUGACAGCGCGUGCAUCGUUGCAGUUGGCACAGUGCAUCCCAAGGAGGGGCUGUUACUCUAGGAAAUAUACAUUGGAGCCAACGAAGCGUCCAAUUCGCUCCGGUUGUUUCCCUACGAACAUUGCGUAAGACUGCAGCGUACGAUACGUCUUUUUGAAGACGAUCGGGUGACAUUGCAGUCUCUCCAAAAGAGAGAGAGAGGGAGAGAGAUAUAACGCAAGCUCCUCUCUGUUAUUACGUCUGUCAAAAGGAAGAGAAGGUGGAGCAUUGUCCGUCGUACGUGCUGACGCAGUGGGAUUUCUACGUGUGGUCGGCAUUUCGCCCCGCCCUUCCCGCGGUGACGGUGAUGGGUCGGAAGCGGUGUGUCGGUGCAGAUUGUUCGAAGAUGGCGGCCGGGUGCUGCGGGGUGAAGAAGCAGAAGUUGUCGGGAUCCCCUGGGGCGGGGGGUCCCGGCGGGGCGGGAAGCGGGGUUGCCGGGACCGGACAUUGUGGAUCGGAAUUGGGCAUCGGGUCGUCGUCGACUGUUGUGUCCGGGAACGUGAAUCGGGUGAACGGCCUGGGGGGUCCAGGGGGUAGUAGUAGUAGCAACACCAAUGCUCUGUCCCCAACUCCAGGAGGCUAUAACUCAACCGGCCUCUCCCCGAACCUCAGUCCCGGACCUGGCUCAGGGAGCGGGGCUAGGAAAAUGGUCGUUUCGGCGGAGAUGUGUUGCUUCUGUUUCGACGUGCUUUAUUGCCAUCUAUACGGAUACCAGCCUCCUCGAACACCCAGGUUUACAAACGACCCCUACCCACUGUUUGUCACUUGGAAAAUCGGCCGGGACAAGCGGUUGAGGGGUUGUAUAGGUACAUUUUCUGCCAUGAACCUGCACUCAGGACUCAGGGAGUACACCCUUACCAGUGCCCUUAAAGACAGCCGCUUUCCCCCAAUGACGAGGGACGAGCUGCCCCGCCUCUUCUGCUCAGUGUCUCUGCUUACCAACUUCGAGGAUGUUGGUGAUUAUCUAGACUGGGAGGUGGGUGUUCACGGCAUUAGGAUAGAAUUUUUUAAUGAAAAAGGAUCAAAGCGCACCGCCACCUACCUGCCAGAGGUUGCGAAGGAGCAAGGAUGGGACCACAUUCAGACCAUAGAUUCCUUACUUCGAAAGGGAGGUUACAAAGCUCCCAUCACAAAUGACUUCAGGAAGACUAUUAAGUUGACCAGGUACCGUAGUGAAAAGUUGACAAUGAGCUACGCAGAAUACAUCGCCCACCGGCAACAUCAUCACUACCAGAACGGCAUCGGGCACCCUCUCCCACCGUACAACCAUUAUUCCUGACAGCGAGCCGCAUGACCAGUCACUGGACCUCUCCGCGGACCUCUUCCCGGGAGAGCCCGCCCCCUCGUGGUCUAGCUAUCUGUACUACUGUACCAUUUUAUGAUGAUAGUUUCCGUUGCCAUGUCGACAGUCAGAUGGCGGCAUGGCAGCGGGUGGCAAAUAAGCAUUAAGUGAUUUUGAAGCGAACCAACUCAUUUAUUUUCUCAUUUUUAUUCUUUGUAUUAAUUUAGGUUUUGCAGCGUAUAUAUUGACAUAUAACCCCUUGUUUUUACGAGCAAAUAAACAAGUACUACGUUGUAUUUUUUCCCCAACAAAUUUCCUAAUCAGGUUUUUGAGUCUGUGGAUGGAAAUAAGUCAUAUUUACGAUGGGCUAGGAUUUUACAUACGCUUAUUUUACGUACGCUUUAGCGACUUGUCCUUUUAUCAUUUCUCAUUAGUUUGACGUUGUAUUACGUAGGCAACCGCAGGGUUCAAGGGAUAUCAUUUCCUCUCUGUGUGCGAUUUCAUUUCCGUUGGGAUGAUUUCCGUGUUUUAUAACUAAUGUUUUUUUUGUAUCGUUGUGGUGGUUCGUUGGAUGCGGUGCGACCGAGUUGGAGCUAGUUACGUCAUUCACGUGUUUGUUUGUGUGUUACGUGCGCAAACAUGUCUUAAGUUUAAAACCACUAGAAUUGGCUAUUAGGUGCGCCUGAAAUUUUCCCAUAAUGCAAAGCAGUUUAGCAUUGAAUUGAAUUUACUCAACAGUCGGUUGCCAUUUUUUGUGUAGUGUUGCAAAACGAGCAUAUAAUCCAUUACAUUCAGUGGUGUGUCUUAUUUACGUUAACAUGUGCUGUUUAUCUAUAGUGUUUUUGUGAAAUGUUGCGAGUGCAGGUCUGUGUAUCAGAGUAAGGGAGUAAACAAACCGUAUACAUUAUUUGACGGUCAGAGAGAUGCUGCUGGACACUAGCUAGUUAACUCAACCUAAGCGAUGGUGACAAAGGUGUCUGAACUUUGUAUCUUAUUUCAUCACACAGAGAGGAAAACUUUAAUGUCAAACGACAGGGAUGAUCUAUAAAAAACAACAAAAACUCUCUUUUAACUAUUUUAAUUUUUAAUUCUGCUUACCCGUUUACUCUCAGGAGGACUCUUUGGAAAGCUUCUUUUAUUUUUUUAAUGAUCUGGUUUUAUGCUUGUGUAAUGUAUCAAACGUUAGCACGGCAUCAUCAUGCUCGACGUGAACAAUGUUUACGAUGGAGAAAAUCGCUGAUGAAACCUCAAGUCGAGCAGAUAAAGCUGCUGUGUUGACCGCUGAACUCUUUAAGGUCUUAUGGUGAAGCUUUUUUGUAUGAUAUUCAGUCUGUUCGGCCAUUUUAUUUUGGGUGACUCCCAUAUUCCAAGAUAUAAAAACUGGACUGAGAUGAUUUUCUGUUUUGUAGAUGAUUAUAACAUCACGCUGACUGUAGGUUAAGUGUACUAGCUUUCUUUAGUGAGGAAUGAAGAGAAGUCUUUGUUUUCAUAUGCAAAAUGUUAAGGGCUUUCGAGGUUCCAUCCACAGUCGUUCCCUUGCUCACUAAAAUAAAAAACCUGAUUUCAGUUGUGUUGCCUUAAAAAAAUGGUUACGACAUGGACCACAAAAUGUCGCCCUGAGGGCCUAACCAUUGACUUUAACAUUUGCAAAACGGAUUCAUUUUGGUUGCCAAACCACGUUGAGUUUUACGUUCCCAUUUUCCUUCAACAAAAUCCACUUCUGACGUUUCUCGAACGGUUUCAUCUCAAAUCGCACGUACUUAGUAGGUCAGUUAUGAAAGCGCAGUGGUGCAUUUGCUGCUUCACCUUUUAUUUCAUCCUACGUUGACCAAUCAGAGCCUCAUUUUGUGGUCCAUUAAAAAAAUUUAACUGAACAGCACAAACUGAGUAAUUAAGUCUUUGCAUCCAUGCGAGAAAACUAAUGUAUACACAUUUGCAAUACAUUUGUUGCAUGAAUAAGGGGUCUUUUCUCCUGUUAAAACAUGGCAUGCUUGUUUCACUGCUAUAUAGAUAUACGCGAAAAAGACUACAUAAAAUGGUGCUAUCGGACCUCAUGUCGGGGGUGGUCGCAGUAAAUGCGACUGGUCAUGCGGACUCAUCGUUCAUAUCAGACUUUAUUAUUGUUAUCCUCGAUAUAUGCAGAUCUGUUUUACAGGUGUUUUUCUUUUCAUACCAGUGUAACAAUCUCCUGCAGGUUUGAAAGGACAAGUAGUCACGAGUCUAACCCCACCUUCCCUCAUGGCCGGGGGGAUACGGGCAUAUGCUUAUCAUCUCAUCUGUUGUACAUCAUUCACACUAUACAAAACAACCGCUCCGUAUACGUCGGUGACUGUUCGUCUACCAAAUUAGCAGUUCAGGAGGGAAGUUGACGCCUAAAUACGGUUGCGUUCUCUUUAAAUAUCUAGAUAAAUAGCUACAGAUCAAUACUUGAAUAGGAAUUAUUAACAAUUCUCAUAGGCCACUAUGAGGAUAUCGACUGACUUUUGGGAUACCUGGCAUCUUUCCGAAAACGAGGGAGGGAAGUAAACGCACAUUUAAACACUGUAGAAAUAUACUUCAAUCAUAACAUCUAUGGGGCCAGGAAUGGGCUCUCUCUCUGAUGUUGUAGUAUUAGUUAUGACCCAUCUUGUUAUUUUAUUUAACAACUACUACGCAUUUUAGGCAUAAGCGUCAGGUUCCAACACCAAGAUUCGAGCUUCGCACUUCCCAUCAACCCCAUAUUCGUUUGGAUUGUGUUGCUCAUGUUACUUUUGUGUGUUCAACCGAACCAAAGAUGCCUCCAGCCAUGUCCAAAUGCUGCUCUACAGACCUGCCUUCCUGUCCUUCCAAAACCUUUCCUGCAAGAGAUGUUUUGUUUUAAUUUCUGUGUAUGUUUCCUGUUUCUUUUUGUACAAUUUCUAAUGUUUUAGGUUUUUAGCGACCGAAGUUCAAUGAAUUUUCAUUGUAGCCGUCUUUGAGACCUCACACGGUAUCGAUGACUAUAAUACUAGGUUGCAAUUUUUUAUUAUUUUUUUGUUUUUCAUCAUUAUUAUAUAUUUUUCUAAAGAAAGAAAACCCCAUAGCGUGCCUCUUAGAUUUAUGGGUUUCUUAAUGAGUUUUUCCUAAGACCAGCAGUUAUACUUUAUACAAAAGAUGCGUUAAUCCUUAUUUUUAAAUGCCAUUUAAGGAGAAAAAAAGCCUCUUUUCUUUACUCUGGACCCAGUAGCUGCACUGGCAUACAAUCGCACUGAUAGAUAUAGAAAAUAAAAGUAUAAAUAAUAAUAAUAAUGAUGAUGAUGAUGAAAAUAAUAAAUGUAAGAACUACAAUAAACUUGUUUGAAGAUCUUUUUGUAACAAAAUACAAAAAAAUGGCAAAAAAGUAAACACAAUAUGACUGUUUUUGUACAUCGAGUUGAUUCUUAAAAAAACACACAAUUUUUGGACCUAGUUUCUAAAUUAUUUUAGUGGUUUUCUAUGUUCUGGAACUUAAGGGGGUGAGUUUUAAACGUGCCCUGUGAUGAUGGACGGCUCACAGCGUUGUCGGUUCGGGCGCUGGGGUUGCCUGGCGUAGCCCCCACGCACACCCACCACUGUUUUAUUGUAUUAUCCGUUUUGAGGUUGAAUUCUCUUUGCUUUAAAAACUUGAAAUUGUUAAAGUAAAAACUGGGUGAAAAUGACUAUAUUAAACAGAAACUGAGAAAAUAAAUAAACAAACAAACACAAAUCCCCUGUAGAAGUAGAUCCUAUACUCCAUUGAAUUGCUGUUAGUGUGACGAGACUUGAAAUGGGCAUUUAUGAAUUAUGAUAGUAUGGCUAAAAAAAGACAAAAAUUAUAAAAGGAAAAAAAAAAUGUAAACAUGUUUGGGGGGUGGGUUGGCAUAAAGAUGGGGAUAUCUGUGGGUAUGUGAGCUAUGGCUGUGGCAAUGAAAAUGUAGUUUUAAAACAUUAUUGUUAUUACCUUUUAAAUCAUUUAUCCAAUAAAAAAAAUUCUGAAAGAACGAGC